CAAAAACUAGACAAGGGUGAUGUUUUCAAAUCUGCUCAGUAAGGAAAUACUCAAGGCAGCAACAAUGUUUGCGAAUCUCCUUACAGGCGUAUGGACCUUGACGUUUUUGAUUCUGCCGGUCGCUUUUGCCUCUGACUGGAUAGUGCAUGUUCCUGUGGAUCCAGUCUAUGCUCCUUCUGGAUCUUCUGUAGUUCUGCAAUGCACCUAUGACUACCCUGAGGAGUCUGACCAGGGAACACCGCACAAAGUGCUGUCAGAGAUGUGGUGUCUGAAUGAAAGUCGCUGCAUUACUCCCAGAUACGUGUACCACAGUGCAGGGAUAUUCCCUGAGCCCUCAUACCAGGGCCGGGUCAAGUACUUGGGGCAGACAGGGAGCAAAAACUGCUCUCUGAUGAUAUCUAAUCUGAGGUCAGAAGACAGCGGGGUGUACAUGUUCUGGUUUAUUACUGACCACCCGAAGGCCAAGCUACCAGGACAGAAAGGAGUGAAUCUACAGGUCACAAAUCAGACAGGAACAAAAAGUGCAUCUUCAUCCACUACUGGCAUUGUGCUUGGAGUUAUCAUCAUGGUUAUCAUAAUAGCAGCCAUUGCGAUAUUCAUCAGACGCAAGUCACGACAGGGGUCAAGGUCACUUUAAACAAGUGUACCACAGAAGAUGAAAAAAAUUACUUGUGACUCUGACACAAGAGAUGGAAACCAACAGUUCUGCUUUUUUUUUCUGUUUGUGUGCUACUUUUACAUUCAUUUUAUGCAUUUUUGCAUCUGUUAUGCAGUCUGUUAUCUAUUUAUUUUUUUCUGCAUAUCAAACGGCACAAUGUUUCAUUCUUAUAUUUCACUUUUUGUAGUCAUAUUUCAGUUUUUGUACCCUACUAUCGUAUUGUAUCUUACUUUUUGCAAGUCACUGCCGCCGUGUUGCAUGUCACCAUGAACGUUGCUUGUCACGGAGUCUGUAAAAAGUGAAAAUAAUGGUUAUGUAUAGAUAGUAAAGAAUGUAAUAAGCCAUUAGUACAGAUAUUUAGUAAAUAAUUAAAAACUGCCUCUCGUUCUACCCUCUUCAGCACAUAAUUUUCAUUUAAAAUUACCUCACUUUCUAAAACGAAGCAACAUUCAUUAAAGGAAUAGUUCCCCCUAAAAUAAAAAGGUUGUUAAAAGAAAAAAAAAGGAUAUGCCAUUUGGUCUCAGUAAUCUAUGGAAGCCCAUAAAAAAUAAGGUAAUUGAGACUUUUUUUGUUCUCACUAUUCUGACUUUUUUUUCUCGCAAUUGCGUGAUACAAACACCCACAGAAUUGUGAGAUAUACACUCGCAAUUCUGAGAAAAAAAGUCAGAAUUCUAUUGUCGCAAUUGUAACUUUUUAACAGUUUUUUUCCCCCUAAAAAUUGGACUUUAUAACUCACAAUUACGAGUUUAUAUUUCACAAUUCUGUAAAAAAAAAAAAAAAAAAAAAAAACUCACAAUUGCAAGAAAAUGUUUUUAUUCUGACUUUAUUUUUCGCAAGAGUUCAUAUCACGCAAUUCUGAGAAAAAAAGUCAGACUUUAUAUUCUGACUUUAUAACUCGCAAUUGUGAGUUUAUAUCUUAUAUUAAAAGUCAAAAUUGUGAGUUAGUAUCAUGCAAUUAUGAGAAAAAGUCAGAAUUGUGAGAUAAAAAGUCGCAAUUAUUAUUUUUUUUAUUAUUUAGUGGAGGAAACAGGCUUCCAUAGUAAUCUGACGUGUGAAAAAUGUUAUAUAGUUAUUUUUCUUUUUGUGUGUGUGUGUGUCAAGGAGAAUCAAAGGUUAAUUUUAUUUAAUAGAAACAGAUCAGUACACAUUUUAAUUUCAUUUUCAGUAAUUGCAGUAAAUUGUGUAUUACUGCCAGAAAAUGUAUGACAACAGACACUGUUGGCAUUGUAAGAAAUUAUUUAUUUGGGGCUUCCUGUGAUUUAUUAUUUAAAUUAAAUUGAAUAUUUAUUUAUGUAUUUAUUUAUUUUAUGAUGGGAUCAUGUCACACUCAAGCAUAUAGUGGAUACAAUACCGUUCAAAUGGUCAUAGUCAGUAAAAUUAGUUUGUUUUUGUUUUUUUCAGCAAGGAGGCAUUAAAUUGAUCAAAAGUGACAGUAAAAACAAUUUUAAUGUUCCAAAAACUUCUAUUUCAUUUUUUUUUUUAAUUAAAAAAGUUCUGUCGAACUUUCUAUUCUUCAAAGAAUCCAGAAAAGAAUGUAUCACUGUUUCCACAAAAAUAUUAAGCAGCACAACUGUUUUCAACAAGAAGUAAUGUUUUUAAGCAAAGAAAUUAGAAAAUCAGACUGAUUUCUGACAGUGAAGACUGGAAUAAUGAUGAAUGCUUAAAUUACAUUUUUAAAAGUAAUUAAAACAAUCAUUAUGCAAUAUACAUUAUAUACAUAAUGACAUUUUGCAAUAUACAGUUGAGGUCAAAAGUUACAUACACCUUGCAGAUUCUGCAAAAUGUUAAUUAUUUUACCAAAAUAGGCUAAUAGGGAUCAUACAAAAUGCAUGUUAUUUUUUAUUUAGUAUUGACCUGAAUUAGAUAUUUCACAUCCAAGACAUUUACAUAUAGUCCACAACAGAAAAUAAUAGUUGAAUUUAUAAAAUGACCCUGUUCAAAAGUUUACAUGCACUUGAUUCUUAAUACUGUGUUCUUGUUACGGUUCUGCCUUAUUUUCUCCAUCUCUUCUUUAAGAACUCUCAAGUUGUUUCUGUUAUUGGUUUCCUGUGUUUUUGUUUCUGUUUCCCCCAUUCCCUGUGCUGUCUUGUUUGCUCCCACAUUUGUUUCUAAGGAAGUUCAUUAGCUCCACCCCCUUGUUAGUCUAGUUACCCUGUGUAUUUUAACCCCUGUGUUUCAGUCUUUGUUUGCCGGUCGUUGUUUUACUUAAUGUAAACUGUUGCAUGGUUUUUGCCUUGUAUGGAUUCCUCUGCCUUGUUUGGAUUCUUUUUAUUAUUUUUGUUAAUAAAUUGUGCUGCAUUUA